GAAGAGCUGGGCCUUUGGGCUACCCUGGGGGGAGCCGAGAAUAGGAUGGUGUCGGCAGGAAGCCCUUGGCCCGGGGUUUCCCGGGAGGACAGUCAUUAAACAUGGAAUCGGCCACACAGCUGGUCUCCAAGCUGGCCGAGAGGAUGAAAGGCCCCAGCUGGGGGCUCCGUGCCACCAGCACUGGGUCCUAAGAGCUGCUGUCCAGGCUGGCCGCCCGGAUGGCGACCCCAGCCUCAGCCCCAGACACACGGGCUCUGGUGGCUGACUUUGUAGGCUAUAAGCUGAGGCAGAAGGGUUAUGUCUGUGGAGCUGGCCCUGGGGAGGGCCCAGCAGCUGACCCACUGCACCAAGCCAUGCGGGCAGCUGGAGAUGAGUUCGAGACCCGAUUCCGGCGCACCUUCUCUGAUCUGGCUGCUCAGCUGCAUGUGACCCCCGGUUCAGCCCAGCAACGCUUCACCCAGGUCUCCGAUGAACUUUUCCAAGGGGGCCCCAAUUGGGGCCGUCUUGUGGCCUUCUUUGUCUUUGGGGCCGCCCUGUGUGCUGAGAGUGUCAACAAAGAGAUGGAACCACUGGUGGGCCAAGUGCAGGAGUGGAUGGUGGCCUACCUGGAGACGCGCCUGGCCGACUGGAUCCACAGCAGCGGGGGCUGGGCGGAGUUCACAGCUCUAUACGGGGACGGGGCCCUGGAGGAGGCUCGGCGUCUGCGGGAGGGGAACUGGGCAUCAGUGAGGACAGUGCUGACAGGGGCCGUGGCACUGGGGGCCCUGGUAACUGUAGGGGCCUUUUUUGCUAGCAAGUGAAAAAGUCCAAAGCCAGGUGGAGCUAGGUGUGGCUGGGAGAAUAGAAACAGAACAGAGAAUGCCCUUAGAAGAAGUGGGGUGAAUGGAUAGAUGUGAAGCAGGGCAGGGUGGGUAAAGGAGCUGAGUGUGCCAGGCAGAGUUGCAAGAGAGCUGGAGACACUGGGGAAUGCUUUAGGAAGGGAGCGGGGCUAGAGUCUUUCCAGGGUUUGGGGUGGGGGAGGGUUCAUCCCUUUAGGUCACACACAGUUUAUAGCCCCAAGGAAGGUAGACUUGCCUAAGAAUCUGGGUGUCCAUUGGAUGAGUGGAGUUUGAGGAACCUGGAGGGCUCAUCUCUGAAGUGGAAGCGUGGGGCUCUCAGGUGAUUGGGGUGGUGCUAUGGCUGCCGGCUGUGUGACACGCGUGUGCAUGUGCACGCGUGCUCAUGUGCAUGCUAGGCUGUUUGAUGUGGUGGUGGGAUCUUCAAGGAGAAAACAUUCCCUCUUGCAGUUGGCAAGAACAAGGGACAGUUCUGUGCCCCUCCUCCCGGCCCCUCCUUCCCUUUCCCUUUCCCCUUCUGAUGUCUCCAGGCUGAGGGAGAAACACUGUAUCCUGACUGAGGAUGCUGGCUCUUCUUUGUAGAAUCUUUGGCCAGGCUCUGUCGAGAAGAGCAGCUCUGCAGCAGGCCUUGCUCCUUCAUCAGCCCCUUCCUCGUGCAUCCUGCACUUGCUGCUACCACCUGGGCUCUGCCAGAAGGGCAAGGCUGCUGAGGCCGGUGGGUGGAGGGUGUGGAGCUGGGCCUGCCUGCCCCCCUCGCCUCCCACUGGGGCAAGAUGGUGCCUAAAGUGUUCCCUACCUCUGGGACCUCUUUACGCAAACUUAAACUCUAAAUUGGGGCUUAAAUUUUCCUUUUGAGGAUGUAGACAAAUGCUGACAUAGAAAACAGUCCAGGUUCUGCACUAUGUCUCAGUGAGACUCUUGGUGUCUUGAGGGGACCAUUUCAGCUCUGAGCCCCAUGGGUGUGAGGGUAACAGGUACUCCAGGACUGGCCUAUUCUGUGUGGUGGGCUUCUGUGCUGCUUUAUGAGGGGCCAGGUGUAUGGGUUCUAGAGUACCUUCCAUAACCUAGAAGCAUUUCUCAUUCAUUUGAAGCCACGCUGUUUGCAUGGGUGUUAUAUGUACCUCAGAGUCUGAGGAUGCUAACUUUAGAACUCACAGUCCUGUGGAACAAAUUCAGACUCUAUCCUUUUCUCCCGAAGAAAUGAUUCACUCCAAAUGCAUGCCCUGAGCCAGACUCACUGCUGCACUUUUCAAGGUGCUAAAAUUGCUGCUCUCCAAUGCUGACUUCAUUUCCAGUGCUCUAGAACCCUGCCUGCAAUUCUAAGCGAUGAUCAGCUUAGCUCGACCACAGUUGACACUUCUUGGAGAUUUUCCCUUGGUCCCAGAAUGUGGCAACAGACACCUAUGCUAGAAUGUGGGACCAAAUUGGCCUCAGGUGUUUAGUCCAGACCUUUGCUUUUGAAAGAGGGCUGCACUUUUUAAUGGUAUUCAUGGGGGAGGUGAAAGACUGCAUGUGCCACUGGGUGAGUACGCUGAUACCAGAAACUCAAGAGCCAGUCUGCGGCAAGCAGUUGGGGUGGGGUGGGGUCUCUGACUUGCUCAGGACAAGCUAGGCCAGUGGUUUUCAAACUGCUUGGCAGAACCCCAAAGUAUCCUAGGGGUUGCCUCAGGAGUCCUUGGGGAAUGAAAGGGGUGGGGGGGCUGAGCAGACUCUGAACUUGUGCUCAAACAGAACAACUCCCCAUGUUGCUGUUUUAUAUAUCGGGGUUCAGGGUAAGAUUUUAUUUGCAUUAUGGGGUUUGCUGCUGAAAAAAAAGUUGGAAAACCACUUACCAGACCAUCACUUCCAGUUGGGGCCUGUGCUCUCCCAGGUUUGGGGCAGACUCUUCAUCCUACCCUCUACCACAGGAUGCCUGUCAAUGUUAGCAUUCCUGGGGGACUUUAGCAAACGGGCAGCAGGGACCAUGGUCAGGUGAUGUGACUGAAAUGCCCUGCUCUGAGGCCUUCACACCCGGGUGGAAGAAGUUUGUUCUUUGAAAGGAUAAAGGGCUUGGUCUGGUUUCCCAGAAGCAUAGCUUGGAUGGGAUCACAGUGGGCAGUGUUGAUCUGCCCUUAGUUGGAGGGGCAAUGGAAACCCCAGAGACUUCUGUCAGGGAAAACUAGGGACUCUCUUCUAGAGCCAUAUAAUUCCUUGGGAUUAGCUCUUGGCCAAGAAGGCUGAGUAUGGCUCCCAAUUUUUAAAUCUAGUUCAUUUUUUUAAAAUGAGGGAAAUAAGUGUAAUUCCCAUUUUUCAAAGAGUAAAUAGGUGGAGAGGGUAUUUCUUGCUCUCUGGAGCCCAAAGGGACAAAUAGGAACUUUGCUUUGGCCAAGAAAGGAGCAGAAGUAGGGCAACUUGGUCCUGCAAUUAUUAAUCCUACUCCCCACUUAUUCUAGGGCAUACAUACACUAUUUUAGUUUUUUAAAUCAUAAAACGGCAGGAGAACAGAUUUGGUUAGUUUAGGAGAAAAGAAAAAGCUCUAUAAAUAUAAAUAUAUAUUCCUGUAUUUUUAUUUAAUAAUUUAUAAAUACCAAGUUCAUUUGACUUUUAUUUUUGUGUAAUAUGUAAUGGUGGUAUUAAAAAUAAAUAAAGCCCAGAAGUUUAAUGAGAAGGA